AGUGGCAGCAGCAUGAACACCUUCCAGCCCACCCAGUCAGAGUCAAGUCCUGCUGAGGGCACCAGUGGCCCUGCAGGGGAGCAGGCUUCAGUGGGCACCCAGGGGAAGGGCCCUUGGCUGGGCCAGCAGCUGCCUUCCAUUGUGGUGGAGCCCAGUGAAACAGGUGCUGUGGAGAGUGGGGAGAUGUGCUGGCCCAUGGAAGGUGAACAGACAAGGGAUGCUCCCAGUCAGGCUGCUGCUGCCCCUUCCUCGAGUCUCCUGGGAGCACCAGGGAAGGCUGCAGACGAUGCUGGCUGUGAGUGUGCUGAGGACCAGGCACUCCCAGUCCAGUGAGAGGACAAGGACUGGCCAGCCUCUGCUCUCUGAUAAAAGAGCCUCAGCCCCAGGAAGGUGGGGCUGAUGCAAAGAAAGAGCCCAGCCUGCUUGGAUACCCAGGUGGCAGAGCCAGAAGCUGCUUCCUGUGUCACUGGGUCUGACCAGAACCACAGCCCUGCCCUUUCCUGUUCAUGGCCCAGGUCUGGAUCAUCUCCCCGGAAACCUCCCUUCCGCUUAGUAGUUCGAGGCAGAAAUAAAGGCACUUCCUGGUGGCCAGUGGGGACUCAAGGGCCUAAGGACAAUUUUGGUUUGGCCAGACGUCUUCUGAGCAAGGGACUCAGCUCAGAACCUAGUCUAAGAGUGCCAAGUGGGUGACCACAUGGGUGUUGGGGUGGGAGUAGGGAGUGGUAGGUAGGGCAGGGCGGAGAGGUGGGUUUGCCUAGUGGCUAUGACAUUGAUUCCUCUGGUGCCUCUACCCAUGGACCCUCUCUUUGGCCUCAACCAAGGCUGCCUGAGGCAGGAG